AUGACUUCCUGGACCCUGGCUGCAGCCUACAGCUGUGACGUCACAGGCAGUAUAAAAGACGUGCGGACCAUUGUAACCGCCGCCGUCUUCGCCUGCGCCGCAGCAGCCCCAUCAGCUCUGCUGGCCUACAAUGGCUUGAGCCACGCUGCCCUGGCUCCAGUGGCCGUCCCCACGAUCCCUCCUGGCGACCUCCAGGCCGCUGCCAUUGACGCCCAUGUAGAAGCUUCCGACAACGCACGCGCCGCAGUCGACGCUAUCAACCAAGUCCAGGACCAAGCCUCCGAGCUCCAAGGCAGAGCUAUCAACGCUGCUGAAGACCACGCCUGGCAAGCUGUUGAUGCUGUUCAAACCGCUCAAGCUCAAGUUGACGGUGCUGCUGCCAGCAUUGCUCCCGUUGCUGCCCGUCAAGUAGCCGGCAGGAGUCUUGUAGCUCCUAUCGUACCAGCUAUUGCUGCCUACUCUGCCCCAGCCGUAGCAGCUUACUCUGCCCCCGCAGUCGCUGCCUACUCUGCCCCAGCAUUGGCCUACUCUGCCCCUGCCUUGGCCGCUUACUCUGCCCCAGCCGUAGCUGCCUACUCCGCCCCAGCCGUCGUCGCCGGUAGCCAAUCUAUUUCCAGCCAAUCGCUAUCCCAAAGCCACCCAGCGCCAGCCCACGCCGUCCUCGCUCAUGCGUGGUGA